CGAGGAUGGUCGUACAAACCUCUGGCAAAUUCUCUCCGGUCAAUGAAUGACUGAACCGAUCUUCAUGGUCUAAUCCCGUCGCCGGCGAAAAAAGAGGAUAAUAUGGAGCCGGGACGUGCAUCCUUAUUUCUUGAAGACUUCGGGCAGAAAGUGGACCUUACUCGGCGGAUCCGGGAGGUGCUAUUGAAUUAUCCGGAGGGGACGACGGUGCUGAAGGAGCUCAUUCAGAACGCCGAUGAUGCUGGCGCUACGCGUGUGCGGUUCUGCUUGGACCGCCGGGUUCACGGCACGGGAUCUUUGCUGUCGGAAUCUUUGGCGCAGUGGCAGGGCCCAGCUCUACUCGCGUUUAACGACGCUGUUUUCACGGAGGAGGAUUUUGUUAGUAUUUCCAGGAUUGGUGGGAGUGGAAAGCAUGGCCAGACCUGGAAAACGGGCCGAUUCGGGGUUGGAUUCAAUUCCGUGUACCACUUAACAGAUUUGCCUUCAUUUGUGAGUGACAAAUUUGUCGUAUUAUUUGAUCCUCAAGGCGUUUACCUUCCAAAUAUAUCCACAGCUAAUCCUGGAAAGAGAAUCGAGUUUGUUAGUUCUUCAGCCAUCUCAAUAUACAAAGACCAAUUUUUUCCAUAUUGUGCUUUUGGUUGUGACAUGCAAAGUUCUUUUGCUGGAACUUUAUUCCGUUUUCCAUUGAGGAAUGCAGAUCAGGCAGCCCAAAGUAAGCUCUCUAGGCAAGCAUAUACAGAAGAUGAUGUUAAUUCAAUGUUCGUUCAGCUUUUUGAGGAAGGAGUUUUUUCGCUACUUUUUCUAAAAAGUGUAUUAUCUAUUGAAAUGUAUGCAUGGAAUUCUGGGGAAGCUGAGCCAAGGAAGCUAUAUUCAUGUUCAGUUCACUCUGCAAAUGAUGACGUUGUUUGGCAUCGUCAUGCUCUCCUGAGAUUGUCGAAGUCAAUUAUUUCUACAGAAAGUGAGAUGGAUGCAUAUUUAGUCAAUUUUAUGAGUGAAGAUAUGACUGGAAAUGAAUCUAGGGAGAGAUUUGAUACAUUUUACAUAGUACAGAUGAUGGCUUCGGCGUCUAGCAGGAUUGGUUCUUUUGCUGCUACUGCAUCCAAAGAAUAUGAUAUGCACCUUCUACCAUGGGCAUCGAUUGCAGCAUGUGUGUCAGAUGAUUCAUCAGAUAAUGGUGUGCUGAAGGUUGGCCGAGCAUUUUGUUCUCUUCCACUGCCUGUAAGAACUGGCUUGACAGUGCAGGUUAAUGGUUACUUUGAAGUUUCCUCAAACCGUCGUGGCAUCUGGUAUGGGGCUGAUAUGGACAGAAGUGGAAAAAUUCGAUCCGUCUGGAAUAGGCUUCUUUUAGAAGAUAUUCUGUGUCCCACAUUUACACAGUUACUGCUUGGUGUGCAGGAAUUGAUGGGGCCAACAAAUUCUUACUAUUCUUUAUGGCCCAAUGGUUCUUUUGAAGAGCCAUGGAACAUUUUUGUAGAGAAUGUGUACAGAAACAUUAGUAAUUUUUGUGUGCUAUAUUCGGAUCUUGAAGAAGGAAAAUGGGUUUCACCAGUUGAAGCAUUUUUUCAUGAUGAGGAGUUUAGGAAAAGUAAGGAACUUGGUGAGGCUCUGCUUCUGCUUGGAAUGCCUAUUGUGCAUUUGCCAAAUUACCUAAUUGAUAUGUUUCUGAAAUAUGCUUCGAGUCUUCAGCAGAAAGUGGUAACUCCUGAUGCAGUGCGUCAUUUUCUUAAGUCGUGUAAAACUCUUAUGAGCUUGAGCAAAUCUUCUAAACUUGUGUUGUUAGAAUAUUGUCUUGAGGAUUUGGUUGAUGAUGAUGUUGGUAUGUUUGCUGGUAACCUGCCACUGCUUCCAUUGGCAAAUGGUGAUUUUGGGAUAUUUUCUGAAGCCACAAAAGGAGUUUCUUAUUUUGUCUGCAAUGAGUUAGAAUACAUGUUGCUUCAAGAAAUUUAUGAUAGAAUUAUUGACCAAAACAUUCCUCUCAACAUACAAAGCAGACUCACUGCUAUUGCAAAGUCAUCAAAGGCAAAUCUUGCUGUUUUCAAUAUUCACCAUUUUCUGAAAUUGUUCAAUAGAUUUGUGCCUGCUGACUGGAAACUUAAAACUGAAGUUCUGUGGCAAAUGGAAUCUUGUUCUCGUCCAACUAAAUCAUGGUUUAUGCUGUUUUGGCAAUAUCUACGGAAUCAAUGUGAAAGGUUAUCAUUGUUUGGUGACUGGCCUAUCUUGCCAUCAAUAUCUGGCUAUUUAUACCGACCUUCUAGACAGUCAAAACUUAUCAAUGCAGAUAAACUUUCUGCUAAAAUGCAAGACAUUCUUAUGAGGAUUGGAUGCAAGAUACUUGAUCCCAAUUAUGGAGUUGAACAUGCAGAUUUGUCUAAUUAUGUAUCUGAUGCUAAUUUUUCAGGUGUUUUAGAAUCUGUGUUUGAUAUUUUAUCAUCAAAUAGCAGCAUUAUGGAAACAUUUUAUCAUAAUUUGACACCUGAGGAUAGAGAUGAGCUGCGCAGGUUUCUUCUAGACCCAAAGUGGUAUAUGGGAGACUCCAUUGAUGGGUCUAAUAUAAAAAAUUGCAAGAGAUUGCCCAUUUACAAAGUUUACAGUGGAGAAUCAGUUCAAGAUUCUUGUUUCUCUGAUUUAGAAAAUCCUCAAAAGUACUUACCCCCAUUAGCUAUCCCCAGUUAUCUUCUAGGAGGUGAAUUUAUUGUCAGCACCUCAAAGAGUGAAGAAGAGAUUUUGUUGAGGUAUUAUGAGAUUGAGAGAAUGGGGAAGGCCAGAUUUUACAGGCAGCAGGUGUUAAAUAGAAUUGAGGAAUUGCAUCCUGAGGUUCGAGAGAGUGUGAUGCUUUCUAUUUUGCAAAACCUGCCACAAUUGUCUUUUGAGGACACAUCUCUAAGAGAAUAUUUGAAGAAAGUUGAAUUUGUACCAACCCCUAGUGGUGCUGUGAAAUCUCCUGAAGUGCUAUAUGAUCCUCGUAAUGAAGAAUUGUAUGCUUUGCUGGAUGACUCCCAUAGUUUCCCUUCUGGUUCUUUCCAAGAUCCUGCUGUUUUGGACAUGCUACUUGGAGUGGGACUAAGGACAUCUGUAACUCCUGAGACAGUCAUUGAGAGUGCUAGACAGGUAGAAAAACUAAUGCAUGAAGAUCAAGAAAAGGCACAUUCAAGAGGUAAAAUACUUCUUUCUUACUUGGAAGUAAAUGCAAUGAAAUGGCUGCCCAAUCAAUUAGGUGAUGAGAAAGGAACUAUGAAUAGGAUGUUCUCACGAGCUGCAACUGCAUUCAGGGCUUGCAACUUGAAAUCUGAUCUUGAAAAGUUCUGGAACGAUCUUCGCACAAUUUGCUGGUGUCCAGUAUUAGUUUCUGCUCCAUUUCAGGCCUUACCAUGGCCUGUUGUGUCAUCCAAGGUUGCUCCUCCAAAGCUUGUAAGACUGCAAACAGACUUGUGGAUUGUUUCGGCAUGCAUGAGAAUUCUGGAUGGUGAAUGUUCUUCCACUGCAUUGUCGUAUAACCUUGGAUGGCUAUCUCCACCUGGAGGGAGUGCAAUUGCUGCUCAGUUACUUGAACUUGGGAAAAACAAUGAGAUUGUGAAUGAUCAAGUGCUCAGACAGGAGUUAGCUUUAGCAAUGCCAAGGAUAUAUUCCAUCUUGACAAGUAUGAUUGGUUCGGAAGAGAUGGAUAUUGUAAAGGCUAUUCUAGAAGGUUGCCGUUGGGUUUGGGUUGGAGAUGGUUUUGCAACCUCAGAUGAGGUUGUCCUUGAUGGUCCUCUUCAUUUGGCCCCAUAUGUACGUGUUAUACCUACUGAUUUAGCAGUUUUUAAGGAGUUAUUCUUGCAGCUUGGUAUUCGAGAAUUUUUGAAGCCCUCCGAUUAUGCCAAUAUUUUAUGUAAAAUGGCAGCUAGAAAAGGUUCCUCUCCCCUUGAUAUGCAGGAAAUCAGGGCAGCAAUACUGAUUGUACAGCAUAUUGCAGAAGCUCAGUUUAACGAACAAGUUAAGAUCUAUUUACCAGAAGUGUCAGGCAGGCUUUUCCCUGCCAGUGAUUUAGUUUACAAUGAUGCUCCUUGGUUGCUUGGCCCUGAUGACUCAAAUACCUUAUUGGGUGGUACAUCUACAACAUACUUGAAUGCAAAGGGAACUGUCCACAAAUUUGUCCAUGGAAACAUAUCUAAUGAGGUUGCGGAGAAGCUUGGUGUCUGCUCACUUCGUAGAAUCUUGCUUGCUGAGAGUGCUGAUUCGAUGAAUUUGAGUUUAUCGGGUGCUGCUGAAGCCUUUGGACAGCAUGAAGCAUUGACAACGAGACUUAGACAUAUACUUGAAAUGUAUGCAGAUGGGCCUGGAAUUCUCUUUGAGCUGGUUCAAAAUGCUGAGGAUGCAGGAGCUUCUGAGGUGAUCUUUCUCUUGGAUAAAACUCAAUAUGGGACUUCUUCUGUUCUUUCUCCUGAGAUGGCAGACUGGCAAGGCCCUGCAUUAUGCUGUUUUAAUGACUCUGUUUUCAGUCCACAAGAUUUAUAUGCCAUCUCACGUAUUGGUCAAGAAAGCAAGCUCGAAAAGCCUUUUGCAAUAGGAAGAUUUGGACUGGGCUUUAAUUGUGUCUAUCAUUUUACGGAUGUACCUACAUUUGUUUCUGGGGAAAACAUUGUGAUGUUUGAUCCUCAUGCCAGUAAUUUGCCUGGAAUAUCUCCUUCGCAUCCUGGUCUUCGAAUUAAAUUUCAAGGGAGAAAAAUAUUGGAACAAUUUCCAGAUCAAUUUUCACCUUUUCUGCACUUUGGCUGUGAUCUGCAGCAAUUUUUCCCUGGUACACUUUUCCGUUUCCCUCUUAGAACUGCUGCUGUUGCUUCAAGGAGCCAGAUUAAAAAGGAAGGUUAUGCACCUGAAGAUGUUAUGUCCCUUUUUUCUUCCUUUUCAGCAGUUGUUUCUGAUGCUUUACUUUUUCUACGAAAUGUAAAAGCUGUCUCUAUUUACAUAAGGGAAGGAACUGGCUCUGAAAUGCAACUCCUACACCGUGUACAGAGGGAUUGCAUUAUUGAGUCAGGAGUGAAAUCCAAUGAUUUGCACAAGAUGUUCAGUCUUAUUGAUAUAAAGCAGCAUGGUGGAAUGGAUAAAGAUCAAUUGCUGCAGAAAUUAAGUAAGUCAAUAAAUGGAGAUCUGCCAUACAAAUGUGAGAAGAUUGUGGUGACAGAACAAAGUUCAACUGGUUGUAUGUCACACUGUUGGAUAACUGGCGAAUGCAUGGGCAGCGGGUGUCCUAAAACUCACUCUGGUAUUUCCAAGGUCAAGUUUCAUAAGUCCAUUCCUUGGGCUUGUGUUGCUGCAUACAUACACUCUGUCAAAGUUCCUGGUGAAACUACUGAUAACCUGGACAAAGGAAAUGGUUGUUCUAGUGACUUGUUUCAUCUUUCUGUGUCCUCAAUUCAAGACAGGAAGAGCUUUGAGGGUCGUGCAUUCUGUUUUCUGCCCUUGCCUAUCAGUACAGGUCUCCCAGCACAUGUCAAUGCAUAUUUUGAGUUGUCAUCAAAUCGGAGAGACAUCUGGUUUGGUAACGAUAUGGCUGGGGGUGGAAAAAAACGCUCAGACUGGAAUGUUUACCUUCUGGAAGAUGUUCUGGCCCCUGCCUAUGGUCACUUGCUUCAGAAAAUUGCUUUGGAGAUUGGCCCUUGUGAUCGAUACUUUUCAUUUUGGCCAAAAACAAUUGGAUUAGAACCAUGGGCAUCAUUGGUUAGGAAACUAUACGCUUUUGUUUCUGAUUCUGGACUCCGGAUACUGCACACAAGAGCUAGAGGAGGACAGUGGAUUUCAACCAAACAAGCUAUUUUUCCUGAUUUUGCUUUUAGUAAGGCUCAUGAACUUGUGGAAGGGUUAUGUGAUGCUGGUCUUCCUCUUGCAACUAUUCCCAAGCCACUUGUAGAGCAAUUCAUGGAGGUUCUCCCAUCAUUGCAUUUUCUGACACCUCAGUUGUUAAGGUCUUUGCUGAUUCGGCGAAAACGAGAAUUCAAGGACAGGAAUGCAAUGAUCUUGACCCUUGAAUAUUGCUUACUUGACCUAAAGAUUCCCAUUCAACCUAAUAGUUUGUGUGGUUUACCUUUGUUACCUCUUGCUGAUGGUUCAUUUACAUCUUUUGAGAAACAUGGAGCUGCUGAAAGAAUUUAUAUUGCAAGAGGGGAGGAAUAUGGUCUUCUCAAGGAUAUACUUCCACAACAGUUGGUUGACUGUGAACUUCCAGAAGCAGUACACAGCAAACUAUGUGAUUUGGCCCAAAGUGAGCAAUCAAAUGUUUCCUUUUUGUCAUGCCAUUUGCUUGAGAAGUUAUUUUUGAAGCUACUUCCUGUUGAGUGGCAGCUUGCUAAAAAGGUGACUUGGUUUCCUGGUCAUCAGGGCCAGCCAAGCAAAGAAUGGAUAAAGUUAUUGUGGAACUAUCUAAAGUCAUGCUGUGAUGACCUCACAUUGUUUUCUAAGUGGCCUAUAUUACCAGUUGGAGACAGUUAUCUUUUGCAACUAAUUCAAAAUUCAAAUGUGAUCAGAGAUGAUGGGUGGAGUGAAAACAUGUCUUCUUUGUUGUUAAAAGUAGGUUGUCUAUUCUUGAGGUGUGAUUUACAAAUAGAACAUCCACAGUUAGAACACUUUGUGCAGCCUCCAUCUGCAAUGGGCAUAUUAAAUGCUUUUCUUGCAAUUGCCGGUAAAGUAGACAAAAUUGAGAGCCUUUUCCAUAAAGCAUCAGAAGGUGAAUUGCAUGAGCUUCGGAGUUAUAUUCUUCAAUCCAAGUGGUUCUCUGAACAAGUGAUGGAUGACUUGCAUAUUAACAUUAUAAAACACAUCCCUAUGUUUGAGUCAUAUAGAAGUAGAAAACUAAUGGGUUUGAAUAAACCAGUUAAAUGGCUUAAACCUAGUUGUAUCCGCGAGGAUCUUUUAGAUGAUGAUUUUGUACGUGCGGAAUCAGAGAAAGAAAGAAUCAUUUUGGAAAGGUACUUGGAAAUCAGAGAUCCAUCGAAGGUGGAAUUUUAUAAAAGUUAUGUACUUAACCGCAUGUCAGAGUUCUUGAUGCGGCCAGGGGAUCUUCUGGCCAUUUUAAAUGAUCUGAAGUUUCUGAUUGAAGAAGAUAGCUCCAUUAAAUCAGCACUAUCAGCGACCCCUUUUGUUUUGACAGUGAAUGGAUCUUGGCAACAACCUACCAGGCUUUAUGAUCCUCGAGUCCCUGAGCUACAAAUGUUGCUCCACAAAGAAGUUUUCUUUCCUUCUGAGGAGUUCUCAAAUCCUGAAACUCUAGAUACUUUAGUUACACUUGGGCUUAGAAGAACUUUAGGCUUCACUGGCUUUCUUGAUUGUGCAAGAUCUAUUUCAAUACUGCAUGAUUCUGGUGAUUCUAAAUCACUGAUUUAUGGGAGGAAGUUGCUUGUAUAUUUAGAUGUUCUCGCACAUAAGAUUUUAACUGAAAAGGAAUGUUCUGAUGACCCACAAAAUGACCUUGGAAAUAAUUGUAGUAUUGCAGAGGGUGAUGCGGUUUGUGUUGACUCCCUUGGGAGAGAUAAGAUCUCCUCUUUAGAUGAUUCAGACAUUGAAUCUGUUAUAGGGAACUUGAUUGACGAUAUGCCUGAAGAAGAUUUUUGGAUGGAAAUUAAAGCCAUAUCUUGGUGUCCAAUUUUUGCCAAUCCACCUCUGCAAGGGCUCCCAUGGUUAAAUUCCACAAUUAUAGUAGCUUCUCCAAGCAUUGUGAGACCAAAAUCACAGAUGUGGAUGGUGUCAUCAAUGAUGCACAUACUAGAUGGUCAGUGUGGCUCAAUGUAUCUACAACGUCAGCUUGGUUGGUUGGAUCUGCCAAACGUUCAUAUUCUUUCCACACAAUUAAUUGAACUGUCCAAGUCAUAUGGCCAACUGAAAUUACAGUCUUUGGUGGAACCAGAUUUUAAUGCUGCCAUACAACAAGAGAUUCCAAUGCUUUACUCAAGAAUGCAAGAAUACAUUGGUACUGAUGAAUUCAUGGUGUUAAAAUCAGCUUUGGAUGGUGUUUCAUGGGUUUGGAUUGGGGAUGAUUUCAUAUCCUCAAAUGCACUAGCCUUUGAUUCACCUGUUAAAUUUACUCCUUACUUGUAUGUUGUCCCAUCAGAGUUAGCAGAAUUUAGAGACUUGCUCUUGGAACUAGGGGUCAGAAGUAGUUUUGAUAUCUGGGACUACUUCCAUGUUCUACAGCGCCUGCAGAAUGAUGUAAAAGGGCUUCCUUUAUCGGCUGAUCAGUUAGGUUUUGUCAAUUGUGUGCUUGAAGCUAUUGCAGAUUGUUGCUCAGACAAGCCCUUUUUCGAGGCUUCUAAUACACCAUUGUUGGUUCCAGAUUGCUUUGGUGUCCUGCGAUCUGUAGCAGAUCUUGUAUAUAAUGAUGCACCAUGGAUGGAAAAUAGUGCUCUGGUUUCAAAACAUUUUGUCCAUCCAACCAUCAGCAAUGAUUUGGCAGAUACAUUGGGUGUAAAAUCUCUUCGAUGUCUCUCUUUGGUAAAUGAAGAUAUGAUUAAAGAUUUGCCAUGCAUGGACUUUGCUAGAAUAAAUGAGCUUUUGUCUACAUAUGGAAGCAAUGAUUUCUUGUUGUUUGACCUUCUUGAGUUGGCAGAUUGCUGUAAAGCAACAAAGCUACAUUUAAUAUUUGACAAGAGGGAGCAUCCAAGCCAGUCUCUGCUCCAGCAUAACUUAGCUGAGUUUCAAGGGCCUGCCUUAGUAGCAAUUCUUGAGGGGGCCAGCUUGAGUAGAGAGGAGAUAAGUAGUCUUCAGCUCCUUCCUCCAUGGAGACUUCGUGGCAAUACUCUUAACUACGGUUUAGGACUGCUAAGCUGUUACUUCAUAUGUGAUCUUUUAUCUAUGAUUUCUGGUGGCCACUUCUAUUUGUUUGAUCCUUGUGGGUUAGCUCUUGCUGUACCGUCAGGUCGUGGUCCUGCAGCAAAAAUGUUUUCUUUGAUAGGUACUAAUUUGACUGAGCGCUUUUGUGAUCAAUUUACUCCUAUGCUGAUUGGUCAAAGUAUGCCAUGGUCAUCAUCAGACUCUACCAUUAUCCGCAUGCCUCUAUCAUCAGUCUGCUUGAAAGAUGGACUUCAGGUGGGAUUGAAGAGAGUAAAGCAAAUAGUGGACAGAUUUUUGGACCAUGCAUCUAGUAUGCUUCUUUUCUUGAAGUCAAUUUUGCAGGUGUCAUUUUCAACAUGGGAGGAAGGAAAUGCACAACUUUGUCUGGAUUAUUCUGCUUCUAUUGAUUCAUCAUGUGCUAUUAUGAGGAAUCCAUUUUUGGAAAAGAAGUGGAGGAAGUUUCAAUUAUCCAGGUUAUUUGGUAGCUCAAAUGCUGCAAGUAAACUGCACAUAAUUGAUGUAAACUUAUUCCAAAAAGGAACUAGAUUUGUGGACAGAUGGCUAGUUUCACUGAGUCUUGGUUCUGGUCAGACAAGAAAUAUGGCACUUGACAGGCGCUAUAUAGCAUACAAUUUGACACCUGUGGCUGGAGUUGUGGCACAUGUAUCUCGAAAUGGCCAUCCAGUUGAUGGUUAUUCAAUGACCUCUGUAAUGUCACCUCUUCCUCUCUCUGGUGGCAUAUCUUUUCCUGUCACCAUCCUUGGAUGUUUCCUUGUUCGCCAUAAUGGUGGUCGUUAUCUCAUUAAGAACCAACGUAAGGGCAGUUUGGGUGAGCCACAGCCUGAUCCUGGAGAUCAGUUGAUUGAAGCAUGGAACAGAGAACUGCUGUCUUGUGUUCGUGAUUCCUAUAUUGAAUUGGUGCUGGAAAUGCUGAAGUUAAGAAGAGAACCCUCAAAUUCUAGUAUUCAGUCUGGUGCCAAUCAAUCAAUUGCCCUCUCUUUGAAGGCUUAUGGAGAUAAAAUCUACUUCUUCUGGCCUAGGUCAACUGGGCAUGCUAAUCAAACUGGUGAUACUAAAGUACUUGAAGCUGAUUGGGAAUGCCUGGUUGAACAAGUGAUAAGGCCCUUCUAUGCCCGUAUGGUAGAUCUACCCGUAUGGCAACUGUACUCUGGAAACCUGGUCAAGGCUGAGGAUGGUAUGUUUCUCUCACAACCUGGCAAUGGGGUGGGUGGUAAUUUGCUCCCGGCUACUGUUUGCAGCUUUGUGAAAGAGCAUUAUCAAGUGUUUUCAGUACCUUGGGAAUUGGUGAAUGAAAUCCAUGCAGUAGGAUUUAGAGUUAAUGAAAUCAAACCUAAAAUGGUCCGUGAUCUUUUGAAGGUUUCAUCAACAUCUAUUCCUCUUCCUUCGGUUGAUACUUUUGUUGAUGUUCUUGAGUACUGCUUAUCUGAUAUUCGGUUCCAUGAAUCAUCCAACAUUCUUGGAGCUGAUACAUCUAUAGAUCCCAUUAACCCAAGUAUGUCUGAUAUAGGAACUGAGGAAGUGGGUAGCAGUUCUGUUGUAGCAAGAGUUCCUAAUCUGCAGACUUAUCAUGGUUCAUCUGCCCAGAGUAGUGGCAGUUCAGGGGAUGCACUUGAAAUGAUGACAAGUUUAGGGAGGGCUUUAUUUGAUUUUGGACGGGGAGUUGUUGAGGACAUUGGUAGGGCUGGAUCUGUUGUUCAAAGAGAUAGCACUGUGAGUAUGAAUACUGGCAGGACUGGCAAUAAUGAUCCAAAGAUUCUAUCAAUAGCUGCGGAGAUCAAACGGUUACCAUGUCCAACUGCAACGAAUAAUUUAGCACGAUUGGGGGUUACCGAACUGUGGUUAGCCAACAAGGAUCAACAGGACUUGAUGAUGCCUUUAGCAGCACAUUUUGUCCACCUAAAAGUAUUGGAAAGAUCAAGCUUGGAGGAUAUCUUCUCAAAAGUUGCCAUUCAAACAUUACUUAGACUGAAGAGUUUCUCAUUUCAAUUGAUGGCAGGUCAUAUGAGGUUACUUUUUAACAGCACCUGGGUAAAUCACGUGAUGGAGUCACCUCUGGUUCCAUGGUUUUCCUGGGAGAAUGCAUCAAGUGCUGGUAAUGACAGGGGUCCUUCCCCUGAAUGGAUAAGACUUUUCUGGAAAAGCUUUAGAAGAUCAUCAGAAGACAUCUCCUUAUUUUCUGACUGGCCCUUAAUUCCUGCCUUUCUUGGUAGGCCAGUUUUAUGUCGUGUAAGGGAGUACCAUCUGGUCUUCAUUGCACCCCUGGCGACAGAUCUAAUCUCUGGAAAUGGAAUCAUGAAUGUGACUGCAACAGAAAGUGUGCCAGCAGGAGUAUCUGAUACUCAAACUUUUGAAACUGUCCCGAUCCAAUCUUACAUUUCAGCUUUAGAAAUAGCCAAAGGCAGGUACCCCUGGUUGCUGUCAUUGUUAAAUCAAUGCCACAUACCCAUUUUUGAUACCACUUUCAUGGAUUGUGCUAUUUCUUGCAACAUUCUUCCUACACCUGGCCAAUCAUUAGGGCAAGUUAUUGCCUCUAAGCUUGUUGCAGCUAAACAUGCUGGCUAUUGUCCAGAACUUACUUCCCUCUCAGCCUCAGAUCGUGAUGAGCUUUUUAAUCUUUUUGCUUAUGAUUUCUCUACCCAUGGUUCUCAUUAUGGAAGAGAAGAACUUGAAGUAUUGCAUUCUUUGCCUAUCUAUAGAACAGUUUUAGGCUCUUUCACAAGAUUAAAUAACCAAGAACAGUGUGUGAUCUCAUCCAAUUCAUUCCUUAAAGCAUGUGAUGAAAAUUGCCUCUCUUAUUCUACAGAUUCAAUUGAAUUUUCACUACUUCAAGCUCUUGGAGUCCCUGAGUUGCAUGAUAAACAAAUUUUGCUAAGGUUUGGGUUGCCUCGAUUUGAAGAAAACACUUUGGCCGACCAGGAGGAUAUAUUGAUUUAUCUUUAUACGAAUUGGCAAGAUCUUCAAACAGAUUCUUCUGUACUUCAAACUUUAAUGGAAACUAAAUUUGUUAAGAAUGCUGAUGAAUUUUCUUCAGAUUUAUCCAAGCCUAAGGAUCUAUUUGACCCUGGUGAUGUUUUAUUAGCAUCUGUAUUUUCUGGUGAAAGGAAAAAAUUUCCUGGUGAAAGGUUCAAUACAGAUGGAUGGCUUUGUAUAUUACGGAAAGUGGGCCUCCGAACUGCAACUGAUGCAGAUGUUAUACUUGAAUGCGCUAAAAAGGUGGAGGCUCUUGGAAUUGAGUGCUUUAAAUUUGCUGGAAAUUGUGAUGAUUUUGAUACUGAUGUAAGUCAAGGCGAAGUUUCCAUGGAAAUAUGGGCAUUAGCUGGAUCUGUUGUUGAAGCCAUCCUCUCAAACUUUGCUGUCCUUUAUGGAAAUAACUUCUGUAAUCUCCUAGGCAAAAUUGCUUGUAUACCUGCUGAAAUUGGCAACGUGUGUGGUAAGAAAGGUGGCAAGAGAGUCCUUGCUUCAUACAAUGAAGUAAUUCUUUCUAAGGAUUGGCCACUAGCUUGGAGCUCUGCUCCCAUCCUUUCCAGGCCAAAUGUUAUUCCUCCUGAAUACUCUUGGGGAGCACUCCACCUGAGGAGCCCUCCACCUUUUGCAACAGUCCUAAAGCAUCUAGAGAUUAUUGGGAAAAAUGGUGGAGAAGACACUCUUGCUCACUGGCCCACUACGUUGGGCAUGAUGACCAUUGAUGAUGCCUCUUGUGAGGUUUUGAAAUACCUAGAUAAGAUAUGGGGUUCACUUUCUUCUUCAGAUAUAGAGAAGCUCAAGGGAGUGGCAUUUGUGCCUGUUGCAAAUGGAACACGCUUGGUUACAUCUAGCUUGCUUUUUGCACGUCUCACAAUCAAUUUGGCACCAUUUGCUUUUGAGCUUCCUACCAUGUAUCUUCCUUUCGUGAAGAUUCUCAGAGAUUUGGGACUUCAGGACAUAUUAUCCAUUGCUUCUGCCAAAGAACUUCUUUUAAAUCUACAGAAGGCAUGCGGAUAUCAGCGUCUGAAUCCAAAUGAACUCCGUGCUGUAAUGGAAAUUCUGUAUUUUGUCUGUGAUGGAGGUGCAGAACAAAAUGUGUCUGAUGGGUUUGACUGGAAAACAGAUGCAAUUGUCCCAGAUGAUGGUUGUAGGCUUGUUCAUGCAAAAUCAUGUGUCUAUAUUGAUUCAUAUGGCUCUCGGUAUGUCAAACGUAUUGACACUUCCAGGUUAAGAUUUGUUCACCCAGAUAUUCCUGAGAGAAUAUGUACUGUCUUGGGCAUCAAAAAGCUGUCUGAUAUUGUUACAGAGGAACUUGAUAAUGAAGAAGAUCUAGAGACUUUAGAGUCUAUUGGAUCUGUCCAACUAGCAGUCAUCAGAGAGAAGUUAUUAAGCAGGUCUCUUCAGGGUGCUAUAUGGACUCUUAUACACAGCAUAUCCAGUUACAUCCCUGGAAUUAGCAAUAAGUCGUUAGAUACUGUACAGAGUUCACUAGUAUUUGCCGCAGAAAAGUUGCAGUUUGUUAAGUGCCUUCAUACUCGUUUUUGGCUUAUCCCAAAGUCUGUAGAUAUUACCUUUGUAUCUAAGGAUUAUGCAAUUCCAGAGUGGCAAGCUGGAUCUCGACAUCGAACUCUUUACUUUGUCAACAGAUCAAAAAGCUGUAUAUUAGUUGCUGAGCCUCCAUCAUAUAUAUCUAUUCUUGAUGUUCUUGCAACUGUUGUCAGUCAGGUUUUAGGGUCCCCUAUGCCCCUACCCAUAGGAUCUUUAUUUUUCUGUCCUGAAGGCUUUGAGGCCGCAAUUAGUGAUAUUCUUACACUUUCUUCUGAUAAGAAGGAAGUUGAAGCCACAAGUAAUAAUUUGAUAGGCAAAAAGAUAGUGCCCCAAGAUGCUUCUCAAGUGCAACUUCAUCCAUUGAGGCCAUUUUAUAGAGGAGAAAUUGUGGCUUGGAGAACUCAAAAUGGAGAGAAGUUGAAAUAUGGCAGAGUUCCAGAUGAUGUCAGACCUCCAGCAGGGCAGGCUCUCUAUAGAUUGAAGGUAGAAACAGCCCCGGGAGUGACUGAGCCUCUUCUUUCCUCACAAGUCUUCUCAUUUAGAAGUGUAUCAAUGGGAUGUGAAGCAUCCUCAGUUGCCUUGGCAGAGAGUAGUCAUACAGUAAUUGAUAAUAGAACCAAUAUGGAGAUACAAGAGAGUUCUCUAAGGGGCAGGAAAAUAUUUUCUCAGCCCGUUAAAGAGCUGCUGUAUGGCCGCGUUUCAGCUGCAGAACUGGUUCAGGCUGUAAAUGAGAUGCUUUCUACUGCUGGUAUCACCAUGGAUGUAGAAAAGCAGUCUCUACUGCAGAAAAUGGUUACUCUUCAAGAGCAAUUGAGGGAGUCUGAAACAGCACUUUUGCUUGAACAGGAAAAGGCCGAUUCAGCAGCAAAAGAAGCAGAAACAGCAAAAGCAGCUUGGCUGUGCCGGGUCUGUUUAACCAAUGAAGUUCACAUGACAAUAGCUCCUUGUGGCCAUGUUCUUUGUCAUAGAUGUUCAUCAGCAGUCUCAAGAUGUCCUUUCUGUCGGGUUCAGGUCAACCAAACCAUCAAGAUUUUCCGGCCAUGACUGUGGGCAACCUUUACUGCUUUUAGAAGUUUAUGAUGUGUUUGGUUCUUGCAGUGCAGUCUUGGUCAUGAUAUACUUCAAAUUUGCACCUGAAUUAUUAUCCCAGAAAAUGGGACAAAAUUACUUGUAAUCAUUGAAACAGUGGAAACUGUUAUGAUAUUAGGAUAGGAUGUUGUCCUGUUAGAGAGUUUUUUUCGGCUUUGUCAAGUUUUGUAAGUAACAUACUAUAGACUGUAUACUAUGAAUGGGUCCCUGAACUUUUGUUCAGAGUCCCAAUUUGGUCCUUCAACUCAAAAAAUAUCUUUUUCUGAU